AUGUGGCAGAUUCUCGAUGCUCUUAAAUACCUCCAUGGGAGGGGGUUCGUGCAUCGUGAUAUCAAGCUGGAGAACCUUCUCUUGCUGAAUGCUGGCCCAUGUCCGCAGCUGAAGCUUGCAGACUUCGGUAUGGCCACUGAGUUUCAGAAAGGAGAGCUGAUGACCCAGCGAUGCGGCUCCCCGGGUUACAUGGCGCCUGAAGUCCUUCGAGGUGGCUACACCGAGCUUUGCGACCUGUGGAGUAUGGGGGUAGUGUUCUACCAGAUGGCCAUGGGCAAGCGGUUGUGGCCCUCACCCGGACCCACGAGCUGCACUACCACCAGGUUCUGGCAGAGACCCCCCUCACCCUGA